GCCAGGUAUCGUUUUCUCGCAUCCCUGCUGCAUAAACACCUCCGUUUUCACCUCUCUUAAACCUGUACAUCCUUGCCCCGUUCUUUUGGCAAGAUUUUGAGCGACAUAUUCUGGUGGCGACUACGUACUCCGUGGCUCAGAGAAUGAUCAUGAUCUUUAGCUUCACCAGCCUACGGUGCGCCGGUAGCCGCCAACCAUUGUGGCGUUGUUUAGUUUUCCACACGGUACUGAGCCUGCAGCUAACCACAAAGUAGUAGACGAUCGUUUAAUCACAACGAGAAUUACUUGUUGGAGAAUAGGAGUCAGGGGAGUUCAGGUAACAUGUGCCGAGAAGUGCUGUUACGGCGUCAUCUGACGGAAAUGCCUCAUCUGUCGCGUGUAAGCCAAUGAACCGCAUUGCAAGCUUCAGAUGCUCCUGCUCCUCUCCGUAAAAGCCCCGAAGGGCUCACGUUCAGCGCGACCUGUCGGCCAACGCAUGUGCUCCAAGCAGCGAAGCUCGUCACCGUGACUAACGCAGGACAACUCUAACGCGGUUACUUAUGUUAUGAGAGCCAUAUAAAAGGCCCAGCUCUCCUUGGAGUACGACUUCGGCGCAGUUCCUCGUCAUGAUUUCCAGCCAAAUUCUCAUUUUCGCACCUCUGCUGGCUGUAGUGUGUGCUCAGAGCCAGCCUUGGACCCAGUGCGGUGGGAUAGGCUGGACCGGAAGUGCUACCUGCGUGUCUGGAUGGUUAUGCACUUACCAGAAUGACUACUAUUCCCAAUGCCUGCAGGCGGCCUCCUCAGUAUCCUCCUCAAGCAACGUCGCCACUUCGUCUCCCGCGCACAGUUCUUCUCCAGCAACCACAAGCAGCGCCGCUUCCCACACAUCCUCAGCUGUAUCUUCCAGUGGCGCCAGCAGCACUGCUACUCUGACAGGUAUCGCAGCAACCGCCCCUACUGUCGGCCCAUCUCGGGACACCGGGAAGCUGCCGGCGCUAGGAUGGAACGCUUGGAACGCAUACGGGUGUGCAAUUAGCUCAGACAUUAUCUUGGCAGCGGCCAACGACAUUGUGUCGCUCGGCCUCCAAGCGGCUGGCUAUCAGUAUGUCAACAUCGAUGAUUGCUGGGCUGAAAUGCAACGUAAUUCAACUACGCAGCGUAUUGUUCCGGACCCUAGUAAAUUUCCCGAUGGUAUCGACGGAUUGGUGACCCAGAUACAUGCACUGGAACUGAAAGCAGGCAUAUACAGCGAUGCGGGGACCGCGACAUGUGCGGGGUUUCCGGGAUCCUUGGGUUACGAAGCCAUCGAUGCGGCCACCUUCACCGAAUGGGGCAUUGAUUAUCUCAAGUAUGAUAAUUGCAACGUUCCUGCAAACUGGACCGAUGCUUACACGCCGCAGGACAACGACUGGUACGACUCGAACUCAGCCAUACGUUAUCGUCAGAUGACUGCUGCUCUAGCUGCACAAUCUCGUCCAGUACAAUUCAGCCUCUGCAUCUGGGGUGACGCCAACGUUUGGCAAUGGGGCUCCCGGGUUGGUCAUUCAUGGCGCAUGUCCGGCGACUCUACCCCAAGCUGGGGAUACAUUACCCAGAUUCUCACUACUAACGCGCAGUAUCUCAGCUAUGUGGACUUCUACGCCCACAACGACAUGGACAUGAUGGAAAUCGGCAACGGAGGCCUCACCAUAGAAGAACAGCGCACUCACUUUGCGGCUUGGUGUUUCAUGAAGAGCCCGAUCCUUUUAGGAACCAACCUGAGCAAUCUGAACAGCACCCAGCUCGCCAUCGUCACCAACCCCGAGCUGUUGGCCUUCCAUCAAGACGCCACCAUCGGCACUCCCGCCAUGCCUUUCACACCUACGUCAAGCGGCGCUGCUCCGACUAGCCCACCACAAUACUUUGCAGGGAUGUCAGCGAAGGGCGUGCACGUCUUCAUGAUCAACACCGCCAGCAAUGCCGAGACGAUGAGCUUCACUUUCAGUCUCGUCCCUGAGCUUGCUGUCGGAUCGGGGUCGUACGUGGUGCACGACAUGUGGGCAGGUGAAGACCUAGGCACGUUCAGCGGGAGCUACUCGACCAGUGUCGCCGCCCACGACACCGUCGCCUUCCUUGUCACACCUGCUUAGCUUCACGUCUAGGAACACGGAGAUAGACGGUUGCGUAGCUGGGGUGUGUUGCAUAAAGCAAAGAGUCCGUGGACAAUUGAAUUAAAAUUUAGGGUGAAGUUUUGAGUCGAGAUUGCGGACUUCAUCUUCCAAGGCGAACACUUCGUUCUCCAGCUGCCCGAUCUCUUCCCGUCGUGCCUGGACCAACCGAUCGAGACCUUCAUAGGUCGUAUCCGCAACAGCUACGACCUUUUCCUGCACGACGCUGUGAAGCUGGGCCUGAUAAUGAAUGAGCAAUUGUGAUCGUGAACGUAAUUAUGGAAUUACCUUGACAUCACGCUCAAGACCUUCUCCGACUCUAUCCCAAUCUCUCCACCACCUCUUCUUCGCCUUCUCCCAUCGGCCUACCAUCCACCAUACUCCAAACGCACUGAUCAUCAUGCCCAUCCCCACCGCUGUCUCCACCUCCAAGCCCGGGCCGAGCGCACCUCCAAUCACACCCAGCCUCUCAGCCCAGCCCGCCCAUGCUGUGCCGAAUCCUGCAAGCACGCUCGUACCCAUGCCGAGCGUGACCCUUUGAGCGGUCGAGUGCAGCAUAUUAGUUGGGUAUGCGAGCUGCAUUUUGCGCGUGUACAAAGGUUGUGUGAGUGAUCUGGUUGUGAUGGGGUAUGUAGGGGAUGCCUGGAUCUGUGAGACGGUAUUGUGUAGUACGGGAGAAUAGAAGAACGACAGUGAUUCAAAUGAAGUGAGAAUCGUCUGGCUCUCCUUGGCUAGGGUAUCUUGUGAGACUGCCAGUCGACCGCUGUGGAAGAUCAGCUACGGUCAAGUUAGCAC